AUGGAAGUGGUUGGUUGGAAGAUGGUAGAAACGGUUACUAUCCAUAUAACGAGGAAUAAAAAUCUAUGCUUUACUGUCCCAGAACUUGAUGGGCUUCUUACAUCUAGAUUCGUCAGCACGAUUGAAGGAACUGUUUGUGAAGAGAUAUCUAUUGAUGAGACUGUCGAAGAUGUAUGCAGAAUUGGCAAAAGUGCCUAUCUAGAAAGCCUAUCUGGCGGUUGCAGAACACUUGUAGGCAACCUCAUACUGGAUCAGAAUGCUCCCAGUCAAGAUCUAUGGAAACUCUACAAUGUAACCAGAAUUUACGGAUGUCUGCACAUAUCGAAUACGAGCUUGCAGAAUUUUGCUCCUUUGUGGAAGCUUGUCGAUAUUUACACCUUGGAAGCUAACAAUUCCGCCCUGAUCGUGGACUCGAAUCCCCGACUAAAAUCGAUCUACCUAAACAAAAUCGAUCGUUUUAUCAGCUAUCUUCCUGUGCGUGUGUCGGAAAAUCCAUCUUUACGACUAUCUGGUGAAGAUUGUGAUUUAUACCAAACUAGUGCCCGUAGCGAGUUUCUCAAAAAUAACGUUGACUGUACAGGCCACCAGAAAUCUGCUAUUAUGUGUGGUGAUAUCCAUUGGCUUGCAACACUGGUAUCUGUUGUACUACAAUCUGUCAUGACCUAUGGAAUGUAG